AUGUCAGAAUCAAUCUCACAUUCAGUUUCAUACUCUUCAAUUGAAAAACCUCCAUUCGCAGUAACAGUCAUUGGUUCAGGUAAUUGGGGUACAACAGUGGCUAAAGUUAUAGCUGAAAAUACAAGAGAAAAUCCAUUAUUAUUCGAACCAAUUGUUCGUAUGUGGGUUUUUGAAGAAGAAUAUCAAGGUUCCAAAUUAACAGAAACUAUAAAUAAGACUCAUAUUAAUACAAAAUAUUUACCUGAUAUAAAAUUACCUGAUAACUUAAUUGCAGAACCUGAUUUACUUAAAUCUGUGGAAUUUUCAAAUAUAUUAAUUUUCAAUAUACCUCAUCAAUUCUUAGAAAAAAUCUUGAGUCAAUUAAAAGGUCAUAUUCAUCCAAAAACUAGAGCGGUUUCAUGUUUAAAAGGUCUUAGAGUCUCUGAAGAAAAUGUUGAAUUAUUAUCAGAUAUCAUUCAAAAAGAAUUAGGUAUUUGGACUGGUUGUCUUGCAGGUGCAAAUUUAGCUCAAGAAGUUGCAUUACAAAAAUUUUCAGAAACAACAAUUGCUUAUCCAUUACCACCAGAUUAUAUUCCUGGUGAUGUUGAUGCUACAGUGUUGUAUACUUUGUUUCAUAGACCUUAUUUCCAUAUUCAUGUUAUUGAUGAUAUAGCAGGUAUAAGUAUUGCAGGAGCAUUGAAAAAUAUUAUUGCAAUAAGUGUUGGAUUUGUUGAUGGAUUAAAUUGGGGUGAUAAUGCAAAAGCUGCAAUAACUCGUCGUGGUCUUUUAGAAAUGAUUAGAUUUGGAUUGAAAUUUUUCCCAAGUUGUAAAGUUAGUUCAUUUACUGAAGAAUCUGCUGGUGUUGCAGAUUUAAUAACAACUUGUUCAGGUGGUAGAAAUUUUAAAUUAGCUAAAAUGAUGGCAACAACAGGUAAAUCUGCUCAUGAUGUUGAAAAAGAAUUAUUAAAUGGUCAAAGUGCUCAAGGUUUAGUUACAGCUAAAGAAAUUCAUGAAUUAAUUAAAAAUAGAAAAUGUCAAGAAGAAUUCCCACUUUUUGAAACUACUUAUCAAAUUUUAUUUCAUGGUGUUAGUAUUGGAAUUUUACCUUAUAUGUUGGAAAAUAAAUGGUCUCAAAGUAAACAGAAUUUUUAUAAUUAA